UAAUAGGCGACCCCGUUGCUACGGUAAAAGACUUCAGCCUUCACAACGCAUAUGGUAUUACACGCAUUCUCAAUCUGCAUUCUCCCCGUUUCCGUUUCAACGCCAUCUUUGGUCUCUUCUUCCAAGCUUUCUCUUUCUUUCUUUAUUUCUUCAUCUCCUAGUUAGAGUUCUUGAUUUAUUUAUGGACAAAGGAUGGGGGCUUACCCUUGAUUCUGAUCCUGCAUCUAAUUUCUUCCCCAACAAAACCAAUUCCACCACGGGACCUUUCUUCAGGUUAAAACAGCGAGAGAUGUUUCAGUUCCCUGUUAGCCUUGCUGGCUCCAGGGAGGACCGCCGCGGAACUUCCUCUUCCUCCUCACCCUCUAAUGAGAACCGGCUGGCGGUUGAUGAGGUUGAUUUUUUCUCUGAUAAGAAACACAUGGUUGUUGAUGAUCGUGAGGAUAACAAAACCAGUAUUGUCAACGUCAAGAAGGAGACUUCUCGGGUUGAAGCCGGUCCAGGCUCUGAUUUGGAUGUUAACACUGGAUUGCAUCUUCUCACUGCUAACACUGGAAGUGAUCAAUCAACGGUUGAUGAUGGGGUAUCUUCGAAUAUGGAAGAUAAAAGAGUCAAGAAUGAGCUGGCGCAAUUACAAGUGGAAUUGAAACGUAUGAAUGAUGAAAAUCAGAAGUUAAGAGACAUGCUUAGUCAUGUCAGCAACAAUUACAGUGCUCUUCAGAUGCAGCUUGUGACCUUAAUGGAACAACAAAGAAAUCGAUUAGCAGAAAGCACUCAAGAGCAUGAGAUUCAAGAAGAAAAAUCUGAAGUGAAGAAACAUGAGGAGAUAGUGCCUAGACAAUUUAUGGAUUUAGGUCCAUCGGGCACAGUUGAAACAGAUGAGAUGUUUCCUUCUUCAUCAGAAGAAAGAACUCGCUCGGGGUCGCCUCCAAACAAGUUAGAAAUUGCAUCCAAAGAUUAUAUUAAAGGCAAAAAUGAGAUUCCUCGUUUUGAUCAGGAGACUUCUAGUCUUCCGGAUGGCAAGAGAAUUGAUAGAGAAGAAAGCCCGGAAUCAGAGGGUUGGGGUCCUAACAAAGUCCAAAAGCUGAAUCCUGUAAAAUCAAUUGAUCAAUCCACUGAGGCCACCAUGAGAAAAGCUCGUGUUUCUGUUCGAGCUCGAUCAGAAGCUCCCAUGAUCACUGAUGGAUGCCAAUGGAGAAAAUACGGACAAAAGAUGGCAAAAGGAAAUCCAUGCCCUCGAGCUUAUUACCGAUGUACCAUGGCAGUUGGUUGUCCGGUCAGAAAACAAGUUCAACGUUGCGCAGAAGAUCGGACAAUCUUGAUUACAACUUACGAGGGGAACCACAACCACCCACUUCCUCCUGCUGCGAUUGCAAUGGCAUCGACGACAGCAGCAGCUGCUAGCAUGUUGCUUUCAGGGUCAAUGCCCAGUGCAGAUGGGAUCAUGAACCCAAAUUUGCUUGCCAGGGCAAUCCUUCCAUGCUCGUCUAACAUGGCAACCAUUUCAGCUUCUGCUCCAUUCCCAACUGUAACAUUGGACCUUACGCACUCACCAAACCCUCUACAAUUCCAAAGACCAGCUACCCAAUUCCAAGUCCCUUUUCCAGGCCAAGCCCAAAACUUAGCGUCAGUAUCAGCCCUUCAAUUGCCUCAAGUUUUUGGUGAAGCAUUGUAUAAUCAGUCAAAAUUCUCGGGCCUGCAGUUGUCUCAUGACAUAGGGCCUUCACAAUUAAGCCACCAAAUUUCACAUCCACAAUUGCAGCAGCCUCAGCAACCCACACUGGCUGACACAGUAAGCGCUGCCACCGCCGCCAUCACGAAUGAUCCCAGCUUCACAGCCGCUCUCGCAGCCGCCAUCACCUCCAUCAUUGGUGGUGCUCACCCAAAUAGUAUCAGUAACACUUCCAACAACAAUAACAGCAAUGCCAACAACACCACAAACAACAGACAAUAAGAUCAGCAGUUUUUCCUGGAACUUAAUUAGAGACGACUUUUUUAACCUUCUUUUUCCUUGUUAUUAAUUUUUUCGAUGUUCUUUCUUUGGGGGAUGAGAAGGAGAUUCCAUGUUUAUAUUUUUUUGUACUUUGUUGUGGGGAGGGUUAGAACACGUACACAAACUUCAUUCUUUGUUAUUAUUGUUUUCAUUUUGAAUAAUUCACUUCAGAUUUUCAGUAAAUA